UGAAGCGGUAAUUUUGAAAGUAGAACAACAAUAUAAUUUGUGAAGAUGGAUAUAAGAAGUCCUCUUUCGCCUCAUAACUUCGCUACCCCAACACAGCCAUCUAAAUACAGACGUGUUUCUGGUAGAUCUUCGCAACUAUCUAUUCCAGCGUCGCCGUUUAUGAAAAAGUUGGGAUAUGGUACUGGUGUAAUGGUUUAUUUGUAUGAACGAAGUCCUGCACCUAGCGGUUACAGAUCACCAUGGGCAAUCAAGAAGGUGAACUCAAAGACAAAACAUCUAAGUAGAGAUAUGGAAUGUAGACUAAAGAAAGAAGCUAACAUAUUGAAAGAACUGAAUCAUGUUAACAUUGUAGGAUUUCGUGGGCUUGGUCAAACGCCAGAUGGUAGUUUCUGUUUAUCAAUGGAAAAUGGGGAGAAAUCAUUGCGAGACUUAAUUGACGAGAGAGAGGAAUUUGGAGAUGGUGCUUUUGCUGCCAGAGAAAUUUACCAAGUGGCUGUAUCAGUUGCAGAGGGAUUGAAUUACCUUCACAAUGAGAAGAAACUGUUGCAUGGUGAUUUGAAAAGUGCUAAUGUUCUUAUAACUGGGGAUUUUGAGUCCAUCAAAAUAUGUGACUUUGGUGUUGCACUUGCAUUGAAAGAUGACCUAUCUGGUCUGAAGAGGAAGUCUGAUUUUUACAUUGGUAGUGAACCAUGGAAGUGUAAAGAAGCCAUUAAUGGUGAUGAGAUCACUGACAAGGCAGAUAUGUAUGCAUAUGGUUUAAUAAUUUGGGAAAUGAUGACACUCUCAGUACCUCAUACUGAUUUACUAGAUUACUCCACAAAUGACGACAGUCAAGAUUCUAGUUAUAAUGAAGACUUAUUCAACGAAGCUUUGGGAAGUCGUCCACCUUUACCGGAUGAAGAGAAAUUACUCAAGGAGCCUAAUUACCAACCACUUAUACAACUCUUCCAUACGUGUACUGAAGAAAAUCCAAAGAAAAGGCCUUCUGUUUCUCAGGCACUUGAAGCUUUGAAGUCUCUACAAAUGAAUUAUAUUUAAUGAAUCAUAAUGUAACAAAAUGUUGGAAGCAGCCACUAUGUGCAUGCAUCUCACAGGAUAUGCAGUGUGUGAUCCAAAGGUUACUGACACACACAGACGCUACUAGUGUUGGUCAUUUUGGGUGAUUCAACACUUAAUACAGUAAUUUAGAGAAUACCUAAGAAACUAGUUUCAACCAGUGUAUAUACAAAAUCUUAUCAAAAUUUCAUACUAUAUAUAACACAACUAUCUAGACUCAGAAUCUGUGAUAUUGUCUGCUGUACGUUCAUCAAUGUCUCUCAUCUUCAUUUGUCUUGGUUCAUUUAGCCAGCCAUUGUCUCACCUUCUGUUCAGCUCGUGUGUCAUCAUUGGCAAAUGAAUUUGUUUUAUUUACAUUGUUAUAAGCUGUGCCAAAUUAGAUAUAAUCAUUUCACCAAUAUGAAAUGUGUUUACAUCUAUCCAGUAAACAGCUGAAUACAGAGAAACAUUAUUUGUUGUGUGUGUAGUGGCAUACGACUAUGAGUGGAACACCCACAUAUAUUCUUUGUGAGACUCAGUCUCAAUGACUUCAAACAAAACACAAGUAGGUUAUAUAGUAUUUUAAUUUAUUGGAAAAAAAGCUCUAUAUCUGCCAGAUUAAUUUUAAUAAAGUACAAUUUAUGUAUAU